UUUCCUUUUGAAAAGGCAACUUUAUUGACACAGCCCGUGUGCGCAGGAAUCAAACAGGGUUGUCCUUCAGUAGAGCUGUGCAGGCAGCCUUCACUCAAGCGUAUUCUUGGCGUACUUGGAAUAACAGUACGUUAAAGGAAACCUUACUGCAGUCAACAAUGGCGGCAAGGAUUUUGCCCGUUGUGAAACUGGCCACCAAGUUGACCAUUGCAGGAGGAGCUCUCUACGUCGCCUGUGACUCCGGUCUGUUGGGCAGCAGUGAGCAGGGCUCUGAGGCCCUGGAGAAGGCCAAGGCUGCACUCCCCCCCGCCAUAGACGAAUGGAUGAAGUACUUUGGCCUGGAGGCUCAGCUUCCAACCAUGCCUAAAGUUGAAUUCUCCCCUGUUCAGGCGUGGAACUCUGGGGUGCGGCGGACAAUUUCAACUCUUUCAGAGGCUCCAACAAAGGCAACUGGAUACACAAAUCAGUGUUUGCAGUACUUGAAAGACCUCACCAAGUGAAUAGGAACUCUCUGGACAACCUGACAUUUAUCAAUUUUUUCUUUUUGUUGAGUUUUUGCACUUGAGAAAUGACAUUACUUCUUAAAAAGUUGUAGCCCCUCCCAAGAAAGAAGAAACACCCAAUAUUAAAGACAGCAGCUAGACAAAAGUGCAGCUGCAAGGAGUGCAGUCUCCUAAAUGGGAAAUGUGGUUCUCUAUAUGAUAGUGGCAUUGGUUGGAAGUUGUACAAAAUGCAAGGAAGCAAAAUGUAUUCUCAUUUUGUGUAUACCACCUGAUUUAAUUUUAUUCAGUGCUGUCUAAUACCACUACUCUUUGUCCUCAAACCCAAACAAUGUUAUGAAGAGAAUGUGUGUUGUAUAUAUGCAGUUUCACCAUUUGUGACUAAAUAAUACAUCCAUCUUAAAACACG